GGUGAACGUACUAUUCAGACGAUUUGCCAAAUGUUCAGAUAUUGCCAAAGUAAACAUCGCUAAAUAGUGACAGAGUGCCUUACAUGUAUUUCUAAUUGCAUAACCUGUGCAUAUAGUGCUAAAAAGUCGUGCCUUUCAAUAGUUUACUUCUAUGCAUGCACAUGUGUUCCGUUUUAGAUACAUCACAAAGUUACAUAAGGCCAACAAUAACGAUGUUGCGAGUUUUGCUAGUCAUCCAGAGUUGGGAAAACUUGAUGCCAUUGAGAUAUAUAGUUCAUUUCUAGUGCCUGUUAAUGUCGAGACAGGCUGCAGUAGUAACAACGGGCGGGGAGCAUGCAGCACGUUCUGUCACCCGACUCCUGGAGGCUACACAUGCGGUUGCCCGGAUGGAGAACAGCUGCUUUAUGACGGAAAGACCUGCCCUAGUGGAACUACAGCAGUGACAACUACGUCAACUACGAUAACUACCACUCUACCACUGACAACUUCUAGUCCUACCACUGUACUAUCGACAACUACUCAACUUACCACUGUACCAUCGACAACUACUAGACCUUCCACUGUACCACCGACAACUACUCAACUUACCACUGUACCACCGAUAACUACUAGACCUACAACUGUUCCACUGAAAACUACGUCGACUACUAGACCUACCACAAUACCACCGACAACUACUAAACGAACAACUGUUCCACCGACAACUUCGUCAACUAGUAGACCUACAACCAUACUUCCUACAACAACUGGGCCUGCUACUGAACGCCCUAACACUACAACAUCUUCUGAACCUACCGAUGUUCAACCGACAACUGCAACAACUUCUAGACAUACCACAUCGAAUACUGAAACAGUGUUAACCAUUUCUAAAUCAACAAUCGGCUUGGAAAAGUCAAACAAAGCAGACGAAUUGGAGAACAACAUACCAGAACAUUCUUCUCCUAAGGCUCAGUUCAUUGGAGCUGCUGUCGGUAGCGCCCUCGGGAUCAUCGCAAUUGCUGUCUUUGUUCGCACUGUCUACACAUGGUUGAGGUGCAAAGUGAGAUGGCAGAUAUGGCGAAACAACUACAGGGAAUGGCAAGAUUCGAGAACCAAUCUCGCUUCCGAUGAAUAUCAAAGUGAUCAAAGUAGCUUCGAGGUAAAAACGUGUUUCCUCUAA